AUGCCACAAUUAAUAAAAAGACAAAAACAAAUAAAUAGUCUGCCAAGAAAGCAAGGUUGCUUUAAGACUCAAAAUAAAAUACGAGAAGUUACUGAAUCUCAGAAGGAAUCUGCAUUGAUGAUGCAUAAAGUAGAUGAAAUAGAUAAAGUUGAAGAAAAUGCUAAGAAUAAAAAUAUUAACAUAUUAUUUAAUAUUGAAGCAUCAAAUAAUAUGCAAUUAUUGUUUGACAUUAAGGCUUCAACAGCCCAAGCAACUAUACACAAUUUCUUUACACUAUCUACAAAUACUAUGAAAUUAUAUAAAAGAUUGGAAGAAGUUAAUGGUCAAUAUAGAAAAGGUAAAAUGGAGGCCAGCUUUGAGGAAUAUUAUAUAGAAACGGGUGAGCUUCUUGCAUCUCAACAAGGAAAGCAUAUGAAAAAUAAAGAUACCUUAAAAUUAUACCUUGAAGGUUUAUUAUUUCCAAAAAUGUCAGAUAGUAGAAGGAGCACUAUUAGCAAAAAAACAUAUCAAAGAUACAUACAUUCAUUAAAAUAUAAUUAUAAUAAAAGAACAAAAGGAGUUUAUUAUGAUAACCAUGAGUGGUCAGAUAUGGUAAAAUACAGAAAAGAAUGGUUAAAAAGAAUGUUUGAAUAUAAAAAAAAUAUGAAGGAAUUUGAUAGUGAUAUGCUAGAUAUAGUGAUAGAACCACAGCUCAGGCAAAGUAAAAAAGAGUAUAUACAAGUAAUGCAUGAUGAAACUCAUUUCUAUGCAAAUGAUGAGUGUCAAAGAAUUUGGGUUAAAGAGGAUGAAAGUAUUUUGCAUUCAAAACAUAUAGAAUGCUCUAUUAUAGUUUCUGCUUUUCUUUGCCUAUAUUAUGGAUUGCUACAACUAUCUGAUGAGCAAUUACAAAUGAAUCCAGAAGCAAAACAAAAAGAGGCUUACGUUAUUCAUUCUGUGCAAAAAGAUGAUGAAAAUAAAAAGUCACAACUAAUGGUAUUUUCAAAUAUUUAUUAUAAACAAGAAUUAAGAGAAGAACUGAAAAAAAAUGAUGAUAAAUUAGAAAGAUCAAAUUGUUGUACCCAAAAAAUAAUAGAAUCACAACCUGAUUUUUGUGAGCAAAGGUCACUAUUAGAAGAAGCAGUUCUCAAUGCAGGACAUAUAUUUGAAUGA